AUGUCUACCGAUGAAAUUAUCUCUCCCCGAAGCGGGAUCCCUCCUAUCCUCAAAUGCCCAUUCGAGAUUAGGUUGAUGAUUUACCGACACUUGAUCCCUUCAAUCGACCCUUCGGCAGACUUUAACUGGACUUCGGCUUGGGAUCCGAAUCACCCCAAAUCUCGCUGCGAAGAACAUGAACUCUACUCACCGCCUAUACUUCACACAAAUCAAAUGAUCUAUCGAGAAGUCUUGAACGAACUCUAUUGUUUCCUACCUUAUCGGACGUCGAUCAGCAACUAUGGUAUCCGAUUCUUGGGCUACACAUUCAUCAAACCACCACCAGCUUUCCAGUAUGUCCACACGCUGGACCUCACGAUUCAAAUCAACAGCUAUUCUCAUGCAAAAAUUGCCAAUAUCUUGAAAUCCUGCGUGGAGACUACCUGCGCAAAUGGACAAUUACGUCGCCUACAAAUUGGUCUCUCGUUUAGUUUGCAAUUUUUUCAAACAAAUAGGGGGAAUCCAAAGGAUCUUUGCAAGAUGUUGGAGAAGAACCUCUACCCGUUAAGGAGGAACCUUCGUCGCCUAAACCAAUUCGUCAUCAGAAGAUUGACCGAGAAAGAUAUUUCGAGUUCCAAUCGAAAUAUUUCGAGUUCUUUUGUGGUAGAACGAGAGGAGUUCUUGGAUACUGUUCAAGGGUUCAUGAACCAGUUGGCAAGAGAAGUGAUGGGUCGCUGCAAUUCUUAG